ACACGCACACGCGUGAUGUCUGAGCACUGCCAGCGUGUUCAUGAUAUCUUUCAUCUGCUCCGCUCUACGAGUCGCCCAAACCAUAGCUGGCCCUCCAAGUGUUCGACGAUGGCGGACAGCGCAAGCGAAAGUGAUACCGAUGGUGCAGGGAGCACCACAGCCGCCCCGCAGUCGACUACGGCUUCUUCAGCUUCCAGCAAGCCGGGCAUAGUAAUUUCCCCGUUCCGACUGGAGGAGUUAACGAACCGACUGGCCUCGCUGCAGCAAGAGAACAAAGUGCUAAAAAUCGAGCUAGAAACGUUCAAACUGAAGUGCAAAGCGCUGCAGGAGGAGAACCGGGAUCUGCGUAAAGCUAGCGUCACCAUUCAAGCCAGGGCAGAGCAAGAGGAGGAGUUCAUCAGCAACACGCUGUUCAAGAAGAUCCAGGCCCUGCAGAAGGAGAAGGAGACGCUCGCUGUCAACUACGAGAAAGAAGAGGAGUUCCUCACCAAUGAGCUCUCGCGCAAACUUAUGCAACUGCAGCAUGAAAAGGCGGAGCUGGAGCAGCACCUGGAGCAGGAGCAGGAGUUCCAGGUCAACAAGCUGAUGAAGAAGAUCAAGAAGCUGGAGAACGACACCAUCUCCAAGCAGCUGACCCUGGAGCAGCUGAGGCGUGAGAAAAUUGACCUUGAGAACACGCUGGAGCAGGAGCAGGAAGCCCUGGUCAAUCGGCUGUGGAAGAGGAUGGACAAGCUGGAGGCGGAGAAGAGAAUUCUGCAGGAGAAGCUGGACCAGCCCCUAUCCGCCCCUCCGUCUCCCAGGGAUAUCUCCAUGGAGAUCGAUUCCCCGGAGAACAUGAUGCGGCACAUCCGCUUCCUGAAGAACGAGGUGGAGCGCCUGAAGAAGAACCUGCGAAUCACCGAGCUGCAACACACGGAGAAGCGGGCGCAGUACAUCGAGGAGGAGCGGCACAUGCGGGAGGAGAACGUCCGGCUGCAGAGGAAGCUCCAGCGGGAGAUGGAGCGCAGGGAGGCGCUGUGCCGCCAGCUGUCCGAGAGCGAGUCCAGCCUGGAGAUGGACGACGAGAGGUAUUUUAAUGAGAUGUCUGCACAAGGUCUUCGCCCCCGCACUGUGUCCAGCCCCAUCCCGUAUACGCCCUCCCCCAGCUCCAGCAGGCCGAUCUCACCCGGCCUGUCGUACGGCAGUCACACGGUGGGCUUCACUCCCCCGGCCACCCUGACCAGAGCGGGCAUGUCGUACUACAACACGCCCGGGCUGCACGUGCACGUGGGCGGCUCCCACGGCGUGGCGAGGCCUUCUCCGAGAAGAAGCAACAGCCCCGACAAGUUCAAACGUCCCACGCCUCCGCCCUCCCCCAACACGCAGUCGAUGGCUCAGCCCCCGCCCCCGCCCCCCCCGCCCGCGCAGCCCAUGGUCCUGUCCUCUUCCGCCCAGAACACGCCCCCCCUGCAGUCCCAGUCCUCGCAGCCGUAGAGCAUGCGCGCGGCCUCGUCGCCAGCUAGCGGGUUCACCGGGGCGCGGCCCCCAAAGCCAAAGGCUUCCUCCUCCCUGUCUGGUGUUGACUUUACCAGCACUGAGCUUGUGUAGGCUUAGCUGUUAAGUGUGUUGUAGAUGUUUGUUUAGAAUGCAGCCAGUGUUGUGGCCCUACGACACUUUAAAAAAAAAAAAAAAGAAAAAACGAAAAAAAUGAAUAAUAAUAAUUAACGGCGUUUUCUCAUCAGCGCGUACUGGAACUGUGCUUGUUGAAUCUGUUUUUGUUUUUUUUGUGUUUUUUUUUUGUAUUUGUUUUUUUCUUUUAUUGGUUUGAAGCAUUUGCCACCAAAACAAAAAUGAUAUUACAGAGAUUUGUCUGUGAAGGAAACGAUAUUGUGUGAUGAUGUCACGCUCGGUUUUGGGACGACUGCGAGUUUUUGGUUUUUGAAAAAGGGAACCGGGCUCCUCCCUUCUCCAGCGCGGUGCGAGUCGCACCUGCACAGGUGAGCCCGGAGCUUUCCAGCGCUGCUCACCUGGCAUCACGUGAUUGGAUGAACGCUGGCACGCCACAGAACUACCAACGCCGGUUUGAACAAUUCAAGUGUACCAUUUCCUCCCACUACCUGCAGUGUCACUACAGCCUUUCUCCGGUCAGUAAAUGGGCUUCACUCGAAUGGUACCGGCGAACAAAAGGAAGCGUAUGCAGUUCCAUCUUGAUAAUCGGUUGGUGAACUUACUCCGACGCUUAGUUUCAGCUUCUGAGAGACCGCGUAAAUAUGGUCCGUCUUAAGUUUUCAGUUUUCCGAGCUUCGCGUUCGGCGCACGGUCCACGGCGUCGCGUCGCUGCGGUGUCGUCAUCGCUUUCGAAGAUCUGAAAGCGCAAGUGCUGUCGGUUCAGCCGCCGCUGGUCCACGCAUGGCUGUGCAGAAAUCACACGCGUGUAGCUGAAGGGGUGUUUCUUUAGGGAGUGCCCCGGGAGAGACCGCACUCUCCUGCGGGAGCAUCUCGCUAAACUGGCUCAGUGCCUGACCAAUCGGCUCUUUUGUAAAAAAAAAUAAAAAAAAAUAAAAAAACGUGAUGUUCCGCUUACCUGUUCUACGGAACCGUUAAGUGGCUGGGAGUGUAAAAGGACGGCGUCUCUUUUAACGGGAGGGUUCAAGUCAUUCGCUGGUGGCCUGGACCACCCUCGGGCACCCCCUGCGCGUAGGUACCCAAGAGCUUAACGUUGCUCCCGGCAUUUUGAUUCACUUUAAAAGGCUAACGGAGGUUCUGAUGGAGUGUUUCUGUCACGGCAUUAAGCAGCACUCCUCUUGAGGCUCUGGCAUUGACUUUCAAGGGAUUCCAAGCAUCUCUUUAUGGCUAUACCACUGUGACUUUAGUAUAAAUUAUAAUCCCCCCCCCUUUAAAUACUGCUAGGGAAUCGGCUUGCACCUUGCAAUAAUAGCACUAGAGAUCGUACCAGUAUGGCAUUAGAGCAAAUAUAUAUAUUUUAAGCUUUGUAAAAAAAUAAUUAAAAAAACCAAAGUCAUUUUAAAAUAGUCACAUUCUAAAAUGUUGAGUUAAUUCUGAGUUCUCAUCUCCCCCAUGUUAGUCCAAGCCAGCGUACUGAGUAUUUUGCACCAAUGGUGCUAUCAGCUGUCUCUGUAGCUGGGUAAAAAAAAAAAAAAUAAUAAUAAUAAUCAUCAUCAUCCAGAUGACCUUAAGCACUUGCAUUUUCUUCCAGCUGUACUUCACAGUAUUUCAGGUGGAAGGACAUCCCGCAAUAGAAAUGGAUAUGGCCCAGAUAUGUGCAGAUAUUUAACCUCGCUGUAUGCCCUCAGAAAAAAAAAACAAAACAAAAAAUAAAAAACUUUCCAUCAGUGGACAUAACACACAACUGCAUAAUAUUGAGGCUCAAAAACACACGAGUCUGUGAUUUUACUUUUUCCUUCCUGUGAUGGUUUUGUUUGUUUAGUGUGGCCGAGAAAAUAAAUGUGAGAGAAUGUCGCGAAAUUAUGAUUUCUGUGCGGAAUGUGUUUGAGUUGUAUUUCUGUUCCUAAGGCAACCUUUUCACUCCAGGUUUUUUUGUUUUCUUGUUGUUUUACUUUCCCUUGUACGUGUGAGUUGUAAGUAUGCACAAUUUCAGGAAAUAUUUUCUCGUUUAAAAAAAAAAAAAACACAGGGACAAUCUGUGGUGUUGACCUACAUUUCAACAUUUUACCAAGCCCAUUUGCGAGAGAUGUUUUUGGGUUUAGGAUUUUUUGGAGGUGUGUUUUUGCUUCUUUAUUUUAGACUGUUGACAAAUGAAUGUAAAGUGUGCUCAUGUUUUACUGCUACCAUUAACGGAACUAUCACCUUCAAGCCUUAACGCCCUGUGGUGUGGCUAAAUGUAAACAUUAUCUACCCCCCUCCCCCCCCAUCAAAUGAUGAAAGCCUUAAUCUGUGUUCCUAGAAGACUUUGGUUGCGAAGGCUGUUAAUUAUUGACCUUCCUCAAAUUGGAAUUGAAUUGAGUUUAGGGGUUAAACUGUCACUCGAAACACUUUUUGCGAAGACGGCGGUCGACUGGAUUCCCGCUCGUGUUCUCCUGUUGAAAGCCUCUCAUAGCGCCGUCGCGCCGUUCUCAUGGCAACGGCUCUGUUUUGGUACUACGAAAGUUACAGCUUCGUUUCCAUCUCGACAAAAAAGUUAAGACUGGGGAUGAAAUGUGGCUCGCUAAGGAUUGUAUUGUUUGUUUUAGCAAUAUAAUGGGUUAGACAAAGUCCUUGAAAUAUUGUGCCAACACCCACCUUUCAUGCAUGGAUAUUACACCAGCACUAAAUAUGGCAUUCUGCUAGCACUUUUCUUUGAAGGUAUGAGAGGUUUUUUUUAUUUUAUUUUUUUUAUUAUUUUCUUUUCUUUUAACUGACCUCUGUAUUACCCUGGGACAGACUAAAGUAACAGUAUGUAAGGUUAAUUUAAAUCAUAUUCCAAGUACACAAAGGAGAUCUAUUAAAAUAUUUGAUGGGAA